GCCGCACGGCGCACCCAACCACCACCAGCAGGCCCCAACGCCCGCUGCUAAAUUGACGUGCCGUUCGUCCCAAUUCCACUUCCUCCCCAAGAAUAUAUCCUCCUCCCUCCCUCCCAGCCGGCCGUCCCCUCCAGAGAAGCGGGAGCUAAAGAAUCCCCGCCGCGAAUGGCCCCGCCCGCCGCCGGCGAGGCCUCGUCCUCGUCCUCGGCCUGCGCCGCCGCUCCGGAGACUCCUCACCCUCACCCGGAGCAGGCAGCCAAGCCCCGCUGCCGCCCCUCGCGCCCCGCCGCCGGCGCCUGGGCGCGCGUCGUCUCCAUGGGCGUGCAGGGCUGCGUCAUGGCCGCCGCGCUCGCGCUCUUCCUCCUCUUCGCCUUCGCCGCCUGCCUCCUCAUGAUGGCGCUCGUCUUCUCCGCGCGCGCCUUCCGCCGCCAGGGCAGCCGCUACCGCCCCUUCUCGCCCGACCACGACUUCCCGCCGCCGCCGCCGCCGCCCCCGCGCCCCGUCGGCCUCGCGCCCGCCCAAAUCGCCCGCCUCCCCUGCUUCGACUCGUCCCCGUUCGACGGGCCCUCGACCUGCGUCGUCUGCCUCGAGCCCUCGCGCGCCGGCCAGCGGUGGCGCAAGCUGCCACCCUGCGGCCACGCCUUCCACGCCGCCUGCGUCGACCCGUGGCUCCGACUGUCGCCCGCGUGCCCCGUCUGCCGCGCUGCCGUAGCCGUCCCGCCAGAGAAGAGCUGAUCACCAAUCACCCACGGCGUCAGCCAGCGCACCGACUUCGCUCCUCCACCUCAUGGUGCCCGCCAGGGCUGUAAAGGUUUUUUUUUUUCCCUUCAGGUGCUCGAAAGAAUGCCUUGUAGGCGUAGCGGUAGAUUUCGUGUGGAUCCUCCUGCUUGCUGUUGUAAAGCCAGAAGCAGGGACAAGGUAGUUUGUUGCAACAUCAACAUCUUUGUCUAUUUUCCA